AUGCCGCUCCUUGUCCUUUCUCCAACCCUGCUAGCGCUAAGUCUUCUCUCCUUGACCCUUCUCUAUCUCGUCUAUCGUGCAGUCUUUCCCCGUCCCAUCCCAGGUAUACCAUACAAUAAAGACGCUGCAAGAUCCAUUCUGGGUGACCUGCCCGAAUUCUUGAAAUAUGUCAAAAAGAACAACGGCCAAGCCGUGAACUGGUGGCAUAUGCAAGUCGAAAAGCAUGAUUCUCCCAUCGUCCAGCUAUUCUUGAACCCUUUUGGUGGACCAACCGUCAUCGUGGCAGACUUUCGUGAGGCUCAGGACGUCCUCCUUCGCAGGUCUAAAGAGUUUGAUCGGAGCAAAGGCUUUGACAAUGUCUUCAGCGGUGUCCUCCCGUACCAUCAUAUCGGUCAGAAGACAACCAACAAAGUCAAGGCUCAGAAACGCUUGUUGGCUGACACCAUGUCGGCGUCCUUUCUCAACGAGAUGCAUCAGGUCGCUGCCCCUCGUGUUCAUGAAUCAACCCUGGAUCUCGUACGCUUGUGGAGUCUGAAAGCAGAUCUUGCCAAAAACCAUCCUUUCGAAGCUCAUGAAGAUAUAGCACACACUACGCUUGACGCCAUUUGGGUUGUCGUCUUGGGUUCUUCAGCCGAUACUGUCGCGACCCAGGCGAACAUGUUAGAGGCUUUGUCAGAUAUGCAACUUCCAACAGGCAGAGACGUACCAGUUGUCUUCCCUCAAGCUCCUCAUCCACCGGCGUUCGAUGCUGUCUUGACCUUGGCAGAGUCAGUGACUCCCUUGAUAUCAUCUCCGUCUCCCAAAAUUCACCACUGGUUCUUGCGGCAAAGCAGUUCUUACAAGGACGCUAAGCGGUACAAAGACCAGGAGAUAGAGACUAUGAUGAAGGCAGCAAUUGAUAAAUUCUCUGAAGAUCGGGUCGAUGCUCUGGAGAAGCAGGGUAAAGACCGAUCGGCCAUAGAUCAUAUGAUUCGACGCGAGCUUCUGGCAUCCAGGAAAGAAGGCAGAAGUCCUCAAUAUGACACGCCCGCAGCAAAAGAUGAGCUCUUUGGCUUUCUCAUAGCCGGCCACGAAACAACUGCUACAACGACCGCUUGGGCGGUCAAACUGCUGAGUGAUAACAAGAAAGCACAAUCUAAGCUACGUGAAGUAUUGCGCUCAACCUACACUGAUGCCGCUAGUGAGCAGAGGCAACCUACCGCUGGAGAAAUCGCCACCUUGCAUCAUCCUUAUAUUGAUGCCACUCUGGAAGAAAUACUGCGCUGCGGUGGUACAAUAGCCGUGAUGAGUCGAUGUGCAAUGGUCGACACAGAUGUGUUUGGCAUUCGCAUCCCUAGAGGAACUGAUCUCAAUUUUUUGACGCACGCUGGCUAUGUCGCACCACCAGUCGGUGUUGUAGAGGAGCAUACGCGCAGUCCCAGUAGCCAAGCAGCCAAAGACAAAACCGGUAUCUGGGAAGUGUCUGACAUAAACGUCUUUAAGCCAGAGCGCUGGCUAAGACCGACCGACAAGAAAGGUGAAGUCGAGUUUCAGAAGAACGCUGGCCCAAGUCUGCAAUUCGGUGCAGGAAUUCGCGGUUGUUUUGGACGCCGGCUAGCAUACAUCGAGCUCCGUAUGCUUAUUGUCUUGAUCAUAUGGAACUUCGAACUCCUUCCAGUACCCGAGAAGCUCGGUACUUAUCUUGCGAGUGACAAAAUCACUCAUCAGCCCCAGAAAUGUUAUCUUUGCUUGAAGAAAGCCGGCUGGUGA